AUGGAUCAACUAGUACGCGAUGUAUCAAACAGAUUGAACGUUGAUGAGGAUGUUGCCCAGACUGCAUUGGGUGCCAUCUUGAAGUUCAUCAAGAAGAAUUACGUGACAGACGAAGGAAGCCUUGAUUUUGAGCAGAUUUUGGAACAUCUCAAGGGUGCCGGGAAGUUGCUUCAAAAGGAAGAAGCAAGAGAAGAGAAGUCCAUCCCGCCUCCCCAAGCUACUAAUACUACGUCGGAUGCAAAAUCGUCUACGGCUACUACUGGUGGUACAAGUUCUAUUGUCGGGAUGAUCAUUCAAGUUCUCAAGCUACUUGGCAUUUUGACCAUGCUCAAGACCUUUCUUGAGCCGAUCUUUGGAGAAUCGGUCACAAGAAUGAUUGACAGUGUGGAGGAGGGGGCAGAGCUCACGGCUGUGUUUCGUGAUCUCAAAAUCGACCGCGACCAAGGAAUCACCAUUCUCAACAUGUUGUGGACUACCAUGCAGGAGAAACUUGAUCAGAAAACCUUGGAACGUAUCAUGUCGUCUAUUCCAGCCCUGCAAACUUUGCUAGAUACCAUAAAAAACAAGAAGGAUGAAUAG